CCGUCGCUUCGCCUGCUGGCCUAGGUCUUGCCGCUCCGUCGUUUUGUGUCGCGCCGACCAGAGGUAGAGAGAUAGUGUUGAGGGCGCAUUCCCACCCUUGAAGCAUACUUGUCAACCUCGACGGCGACUACUCGAUCACGCCCCGUCCAAGAUGCGACCACUUCCCGCGCGCCGCAACCCACAGCUCCAAGGCAGUAAUUGCCCGGAAUAUGAGGAACUCGUUGCGCGCCGCCGCCUGGGCAGGACAAACCUCGCUGUCGCCCCGGCAAAAAUCGGCUCCUCGAAUGCGACCAUGCCCUCGAACCUGGGGCCAUUCGAGUAUGCACACCUCAGAGCGCCGCUUCCGGCUGAUCUGAAGGGCUCGGAGAUCUUCCCGCCCAAGCAGCACCACAUUGACUCCUAUUUUCUCAUGGUAAGAGAGAGAGAGAGAGAGAGACUUGAUCCCUGCGCGUUGUUUUAGACCGCACAUGCCGGGCAGCGUACUAAUUGAUAUAUAGCGACGGAGUCGUGAUGGCCAUAUAAGCGCGUCGGGAAUGUUCAAGAUCGCCUUCCCAUGGGCUAAACACUCGGAGGAGGCAGAUGAGCGCGAGUAUCUCCGGACGCGUCCCGAAACCAGCGAAGACGAGAUCGCAGGAAACGUAUGGAUUUCGCCAGAACUAGCUCUUGAACUAGCAAGAGAAUAUGGCAUCGUGACUUGGGUUCGCGCUCUCCUGGAUCCCACAGACAUUCUAGAACGCGGAGACAGUUCAUCACCGGAUGCAGAGGCGAUCCCGGAACCUCCCAAGUUCGACUUGCCGCCGCUUGACGCACCGCUCCUCUCCCCACCUGAAGAGACUACCACCCGUGGUAGAGGUAGACGGUCAGCUUCACCAUCCAAGUCCGCUUCAGGCCGGAAGAUUGCCAUUCCACGCAAGUCGCGAAGGGCGCAGAAGGAGUCCAAUGCCAAUGCCAGCAGUUCUCUCCAAACCAGUCUAGACGCUGCUGCUGCUUCCCCCGCUCCCAGGAAACGUGAUGAGGAGGAAAAAGAGGCUCCCGAGGCCAAUGGCCAUGACGAAGACGCGGAAGAGGAAACCACCCUUGUCAAGAGACCCAAGGAACGCGUUACUGUUGAAAUCGAGUCGAAAGUGGAUGCUGUGGGAGACUCGGAGAGUGCCAUUACCAAUGUCACUGUUCAGAUGCCCGCCGGCAUCGCCGAUCUGCCUAUGCCAGAGAACACGGAGAAGAUGCUGGAAACAGCCAAGGAAAUGGUAGAAGAGGCUACCAAGCUCCAGGAGCAGAAUGAGGAGACCGAAGAACAGGCUGGAUCUCCUACUCCCAAGAAAAUUUCUCGGAAACGAAAGGCUGAGGAGAUAGUGGUGGAAGAGGAUGAGGAGGAGGCUGAAGAUCCUCAUGCCUUGAAGAGGGCUAAGAUACUUGAAGACAAGCUCAGAAACGAGAGAGUACGGAACCGUGCUCUAUUCGGUGUUACUGCCACUCUUGCCAUGGCGUAAGUCCAAUAUUCCCUUAUACCCAUUAGACCUACACUUGCUAACAUCUCUCAGUGCCGCGAUACCUUAUUUCUUUUAGUUGAUUUGAUAUUUUUAUAUUUGAUCAUCAGUGCUAUCUUGGUCACUGAUGGAGGUUGUCGAUCCUCCCUUUUCUUUCCUUCAUCUUUGUUCUUUUCUUUCAUCCCUCUCCAGUCAGAUUGGAAUUGGCACUGUGUUGCACUUGAUAGUUAUCUUUUCCAGCUGUUAUUUUUCAUUCUUCUUUUACUGUAUUUGCUACUGCCUAUCCCCCCUUUGCUCACCAUGUCUCCCUUUACAUCCCCUCCUGAGUAUUCCUCAUGCACGUUUCCACACCCGUUUGCCCGAAUACACGCCGCUACCCCCUGUACAGCCUCGCGUUUCCCUUUCCAGCCCAAGCUCCCUCACUUGAGUACGUACCUAAUUCACUCGCUAUUACGCCGGCUAUCUCUCAGAAUCAGGCCUCAACCGGUCUUUUUCAAACGAAGCUCUAUCCCCCUUCACCCUUCCUAGCCCCUUCAUCCCUAGAUAACACUAUUACACGCUGCGUCCUUACUUCCACCAGCCAUAUAAAAUCAAUCCUAUAAUAUAACCCGCUAAUCCAAUCCCCUCCCUCUCAAAACUCUGCUUAGCACAAUAUUGGAGUUUUCGGCGUCAAAAGGUGUGCAUAGCAUGUACCCCUUCUCUCCAUGAGCCCUGCCCUCCUAUUAUUUAAGACUCACCGGCUUCAACCCCUACUAAUACUCUAUAACACGUCUGCCCCGACCAUGUGGACGUCUAGCUCACUGACAGAGCUAAAAAUCCCACCAAGGCACAAUAUCACGACCUCCUUGUCGCCAAAGAAGGAAACACACAAAUAUGGAGGCUAUUUGUCCAUGGUUUCGGCAUGUUACUUCCUUUUCUUUUUCUUGGUCAUUGCAUAUGUCUCCCUCGGCCUCAGUGUUAGCUCUAGCAUGUAGACUUGCGCUCAUUGCUUUGGAAGCCGGUGUUUAUCCAACGGUUCAAAAUGGCCUCCUAUCUACAUGCCCACGGUUUCUGAUGGAGGGACUGGCUGUGCCGUGGCUGUUUUCCUUGUCUCCUUUCUUUUGUGUAAAUACAUUAAAUCACCUAUAAUGGCAAAUCAGUACUAGUUCAAAUUAACGGUGAAUCACAGUCUUAAUAUUGAGUUAUUUCCUCCAUCCUUAAUCUUUCAUAUCGUCGUCGAAUCCUAGUGAUCUGCGUUUCUUUUUGCCUCCAAAUGUUUAUUGUCGAGCUUAUCGAUAAGAGGAAAGCUUGGCAGUUUUUCGUCUUUUUAAAACACUUGAUCUCCAAGUCAAACAGCGAUUUGCGCCGCAUUUCAACUACAAAGUACCCUCCGUCAAUACGCUACGCUUCCUCUGCCCGCCCAUCAGGCCGGGUAAGUUCUCACACCUCA